CACCUGAUGACUAUAACUACCUACGACCUACGUGCCGAUGUAUUUUAUAUUUUACUUCGUCGAAUUUAUUUUUGUUUGUACACUAUUCGAUCUUGUCGUUUGAACUAGGCAUACUUGUGUUAUUAAAUUUAAUAGCAAACAACGCAAGCAUAAGAUAUAAAUAUAAAUCAUUUUUUAAAAAUUGUAUAGGUAUGGUUUAAAUAUAUGAUAUACAUUAUUAGAACUAACAACAACAUAUUAUUCACAUAGAAGUUCACAUAGAAGUUCACAGUAUUUUUCACUAAGUAGUUCACACAUCAUAGACACACAAAGCAUUGAACACAUAUACAAUUUGUUAAGAUAAUAUAAUGGAAUUUGGAAGUAUUGAUAUUGUAAAAUAUAUGUUAUUCAUCUUUAAUGUGAUAUAUGGGAUUACAGGAGUGGCUUUAAUAGUAAUUGGCAUCAUAGUUAUUGUAGAUUUGGGACGUUUUUCAAAUUAUUUAAGUGCUUCAAUUAUGGCUCCACCAAUAUUGUUUAUUAUAUUGGGUUUAUGUAUUAUAGCAACAUGUAUAUUUGGAUUUUAUUGUAUUAACAAACAAAAUUUAAAUUUAUCAAUAGUGUUUACAUUAAUUUUAUUAUCGGUUUUGAUAAUUGAAGUAUUAUUAUCUAUUAUGUCAUCAGUAUCUAAAGACAAUUUUAAUAAUAAUUUGAGAUUUUCUCUAAAAACAUCCAUGGGAAAAUAUUCAUUUGAUGAAACUGAUCGACAGUCGUGGUCUACAGUUCAACGAAAACUAGAGUGUUGUGGAGUAGAUACACCUAGAGAUUGGUCUAUUAUAUUCCCAGAAAAUCUAGUUCCUGUUUCAUGUUGUCAAAAUUUACCAGUUGAAUUAGGUGCAUUAUGCAGGAAUUUAUUUGACGAAAGAAUAAUUUAUCAAAAAGGAUGCUACAAUGGAUUAAACAAUCGAGUGAAGACUAGAUUAACCAUUAUAAUGUAUGUUGCUUUGGCAUUUGGUCUUUUCCAGGUGAUCGGCGUCGUGUUAGCUUGUUUUUAUACGUAUCUAUUGAAAAAUGGUCAAGGAAGCAAGUAAGAUAAUUAUCGUUUUUUUUUUUUAAAUGCGAAGUUGUAAAAUUGCUGUACAUA